AUGAUAAAUUCUAUUUUUCAAAAUAUUAAUUAUAUUUUAUUAACUUUUAUAUUACUUAUUAUAAAUUUUAUUAAUUGUAAUAUUGGUAAUGAUACAGAAUACAAUACAUUUAUUAUUGUUCAAAAAGAAAAUUCUUGUAUUAAAAAUUAUAUAAUAUCACCAUGGAGUAGUUUUGAAGUUGAUGUUAAUUGUAUAAAAUUUUGUAUGAAUCGUGGAUGUACACAUUGUUGUAGAAGUAAAGAUUCUCCAAGAAAUAUUAAUUGUUUAGAAAAAGCUGGAUUUUUUUUACAAGGUACUGGAGAAUAUACACGAUUGUAG